AUGGAAGUGGCCGAAGAGCAUAAUUGUAUCGAUGUGAAUGCUAUACUCAAACAGUUCAAUGAUUGGACGGUCCUAUUGGAGGUUCGGCUUGCCUACUCUUCCUUAUACACAUUUAUCUUUGUUACCGGAGUAAUUGGAAAUGGACUUUUAAUAUCAUCUAUACUACUCCGAAAAAAACUAUCAGUGGCCAACAUCUUUCUAAUCAACUUGGCGGUUUCUGAUCUGCUUCUCUGCAUCACUGCCGUCCCGAUAACUCCAGUGUUGGCAUUUAUGAAACGAUGGAUGUUCGGCAUAUUUAUGUGUAAAUUGGUUCCCGCUUGUCAAGCAUUUUCGGUUCUCAUUUCUUCGUGGUCUUUGUGCUACAUUGCAAUUGACCGAUAUAGGAGUAUAGUGACACCAUUGAGGGAACCAUGGUCGGAUAGGCAUGCGAGGUGGCUGCUGAUGUUCACCUGGGUCGUGGCAUUUCUGGCUAGCUACCCACUAUACUAUUCUCAAAACUUGAAAACUAUGGUUAUUGAGAAUGUGACACUAUGUGGAGAUUUUUGUGGUGAAUUCAACUGGCAAUCUGAUGAAUUAUCGAAACUGAGCUACACUACAAGUUUACUUAUUAUUCAGCUGAUAGUUCCAGCACUAAUCAUGUCUUUUUGCUAUUGGAAAAUAUUACAAAAGGUGCGAACCGACUGGCUGGUCGACGAGGGAUCAAUGUUAACUGCGGCACAACAGGCUCAAACUGCUGUCCGAAAACGACGGGUGAUGUACGUGUUGAUUCUGAUGGUUAUUGUAUUCAUGGCGUGUUGGUUUCCACUGUCUGCUGUCAAUUUAUUCCGAGAUCUGGGGAUGCGAUUCGAUCUAUUUCAAAGUGUCUACAAAGUGCUAGUCAUGGAUCAAAUGUACUUCAAACUCCUGAAUGUACACGUGAUAGCGAUGACCUCAAUCGUAUGGAAUCCGGUGCUCUAUUUCUGGAUGAGCAAGCGGCAUCGGCGAGCCCUAAAAGACGACAUGACGUGGCUGACGAACGCCCGUCGACAUACGAACGUCGGCGUUCUAUCUCGCUUCACACCUUCUCCGUCAGUGUCUGUAGUCUACCGACGAACUUUGGAGCGACAUCUCGGCGUCAAUCAUUUCCGCCGUGGGACGCUUGCUGAUCCAACAUGUACAUCACGAGAACGAAGUCUACCGAGGGAACUACAAUCGAACUGUUUUCUGCUUGUUCCGCUUAUGCCGUUAUGUCAAUCUGUGACUAGAAAGAAUAGUCAUUUGGCCAUCAAUCGAGAUGGAAUCGUCAUUCCUCAAGCGAACGGGCCCAGUCGCCGUCCUUCCAGUGUGAACACAAAUUCAACUCGAGACUGGUGA